AGAUCUGUCUGAAACAAGGGCAUGGGUGAUCGUUUUCUGAAGACCCAAAACUUUCCACACUUCUUUAGCUCGCAAGUCUUCAGCUUCGUUUUUGAACUCAGACUUGAUUGAAUAAACGAAAGGCAACAAUUCCAACUAAAACAAGCGAAAUCCCGCUUAGGCCCUUAAAAUUACCAACAAUCAGCAUUUAUCCAAUGGUCGCCAUCGCCACCUCCUUCUCCGCCGCCGCCGCCGUCGCCGUCGCCCGCCGGAGCUCCCCGGCUCACCUCCAGCUCGUCGCUCGCCGCCGCCUCCCGUUCUGCACCGCUGCCUCCUCUUCCUCCGCGCCACCUGCUGCUGCGGCGGGCUUUGGGUGGGCCGACGCCCUCCGAGUUGCCAGCGAAUUCGGGGUCGGCGAUGAGUCCGACCUUUCGGGGUACUUCCGGAAGGUCGACAUCUGCAACCGAGGAAUGGGUGAUAAGGGGGAGUUUGUGGAGUUCAUGGUUGAGGAUCAAGUGGUGGGAUACAUCCACAAGGGGUGAGUGUAGCGGGAUCAACAUCUGCUCUUUAGUUUUCUCUGUGUAACAUCUACUCCGAGAACAAAUUUUAUCGAGGAAACAAUAGUGGAGCAACACUCGCCUGCAGACAAGUUGAACAAUAAUAUGUGUGUUCCUUCUUGUGUUAUCCCAAAUCCUGUGAUUUGUUCUCCUGUAUUUUC